UUGGAUAAAAACACGACUCAUGAUUUUGCAGGGCAAUGGGCAUAUUUUCCCUGCACAAAUGCUCUGUGCUCCUGUCUCAUAAGGAACCCUGCACCUGUGUGACCAUCACAUGACCAGGACUGGAUGUAAACAAGGGUUACGAUUCACUGACAGCAAGCAGAUGUUUUGUAAACCAUUAGACAUCUGUAUUAGAAUACCCUGGGAGGACAAUGUGACUGAAAACAUAAGGAUACGGUGACGCCAGCAAAAAAAAGCUUUUUAACACCAUCCACAGUUUAAUGAUGGGAGAGAAUAAGCAAGGGUGUGAAUACUAACACUCAGUGCGGACCGAUGAGGUAAUGAGACUGGAUCCAUCCUCAUCACCACCACAGCCUACAGAGGUACCGCAAGAUGAGUGAGGGCACAUCCAGCAGCGCCGACGCUUUAGUGAGAACAUCAGAGCGUCUUCCCGCUGCAAAGAAAUCAGUAAAAUUCAAUUUUGGGGAAAUCACCAUUGACCACGGGGACAUCCAGGCAGUGACGCAGCCUCCUCACCAGCAGGCUCUUAGAAGCUCAGACGUCACUGGUAAGAAGCAGAAAUCCUCCCGGAGAAGCAGCCAGAGGAGCAGCCUGCAGGGACCCGUGCUGACCGCCAGUCACAUAGAGGAGGCUGCAGGGGAUGUGUCGGACCUGACGGCCUCUCUGCUCCUUGCUUGUCUCUUCUGCCACUUCUCAGACUGUCUGCUCCUCUUCCCGGGCACCUGUAGCCGCGGGGUGUGCAGUCUCUGCUCCGCCAGCUGUCUCCCGGACCUGCAUGAUCUCUGCUGCUGCCCCUCGCCCUGCUGCACUAACGCCAGCUGUGAGUUCCUGGACCUGUGCCAGCAUACAGCAGAGUGCCUGGAGCUGGCCAUGGAAAUCUCUGCGCUCUGCUACCACUAACCCAGGCCUCCCGUCUGUCUCCUCUCUGUCUGUGACCUGGGGUCUCCUGUGGGUGUCUGAGAAACAGUGGCGGCCUAGCCUGUGGAAUGGGGGUCCCAGGAGCUGAUGUGUCUGACACAGCGCCCCCCAUGUGGCAGUGACUGUUACUGCAGCUCAGCCCAAGCUCUGCCUAAUUGACUUGAAUGGAGCUAAGAUGCGAUACCACAGUAAUACCAUAUGAUUAAUACCCCUUACCCAUGUCACCUGCCACAGGAACCCAGAAAACGGAGGUAUGAGGUGCUGUUUGCUUCUAUCCAUGAGCCUUCUAUCUACGUAGUACCUACUUUCUUUCCUAAAGGUCAUGUGUAGUAG